UGCGUUACGGCGGGGCCUGCAGCAGACCGAGCGUUUGGUUCUGUAGUGUCUCGGUUAGGCAUGGUUGCAGGAGGUGGCUGACAGCCGUUAGAAUGGUGUAAAGGAUCAAAUUCUGAUGGUGUUCUUUUAUUUCUGCGGUCUAGUCCUCGGCACACUUUGUCCUAAAUUAUCAUUUUCAUUUUACUCGGAUCCACAGAUGGCGGGUGAGAAGGCAGCUGCUGAGAAAAAGCCAGGCGAGAAGGCGGCUGGUGAGAAAAAGCCAGGCAAGAAGAAGACAAGUGAGAAGCCGCCAGCUGAGCAGAAAGGAAGCCAGAAGGAAGCUGGUGAGAAGAAAAAGAAGGUUAGGAAGCAUCAUGCCAGCCGUAACCCUGUCCUGGCCCGGGGUAUCGGGAGGUAUUCCCGCUCAGCCAUGUAUGCCAGGAAGGCUCUGUACAAGCGCAAGUAUACUGCUCCGGAAACAAAGAUAGAAAAGAAAAGGAAAGAAAAGCCACGCGCAACCAUCACCAAGCCGGUGGGUGGAGACAAGAAUGGAGGCACCCGUGUGGUUAAAAUCCGCAAAAUGCCCAGAUAUUACCCCACUGAGGAUGUUCCUCGCAAGCUUUUGAGUCACGGCAAAAAGCCCUUUUGCCAGCACAAGAGGCGGCUGCGGGCCUCUAUUACUCCAGGAACCGUUCUGAUCCUUCUGACCGGUCGUCACAGAGGCAAGCGUGUGGUCUUCUUGAAGCAGCUUGCUACUGGCCUUCUGCUUGUUACAGGACCUUUGGUUAUCAACCGUGUCCCUCUGCGUAGGGCCCAUCAGAAAUUUGUCAUCGCUACGUCUACGAAGGUUGAUAUCUCAGGAGUGAAAAUUCCCAAGCAUCUCACUGAUGCGUACUUUAAGAAGAAGAGGCUGCGUAAGCCCAAGCACCAGGAAGGCGAGAUCUUUGACACUGAAAAAGAAAAAUACGAGCUAACGGAGCAACGCAAGUCAGACCAGAAGGCGGUGGAUUCGCAGAUCCUCGCACGAAUCAAGAAGGUGCCUCAGCUCCGUGGGUACCUGCGUUCUACGUUCUGCCUCUCAAAUGGAGUCUAUCCUCACAAAUUGGUGUUCUAACUGGUCUGAAAGCACCACAUUAAAUCCGAAGGGAAAAAAAACAAGGA